AAUAAUUUUGUAGACAUGUAUUCCUUGCAUGAGAAUUACUAUCACCGAAAAUGUUAUUUCGAAAGGGAGCAGGUUCCCACUCAAAGCGUGAUGAAGAACAAAAUGCAAGUACCGCUUGCACAUGUUUACUUCAAGAGCAUGAAUUGGAACCUUAAAGUGCUAGCGGGCCUAGAGCCUGAAAUGAAAGGCGGUGGCCCUGAAUGGUACAUGCCCCCGGAUGAACUCCUCGCUUGCAGAGCUGUAUUACACCCUGUACAUCACGAUGUCCUGAAAAAAUUAAGUCACGAAGGCAUCUAUCUCUAUGGACAGGCAGUUUUACAGAAAUAUUACAAAUCCUUACAAAAAGAAAAAGAACAAGCACUACAUAAAAACGACCUUAAGUGGAAGAAAGCUAUAGAAGACAGUAAUCGACGUCAAUAUGAUAAAUCUUCUAAGAGUGAAGCUUUUUUUAACUCCUCGAAAAUAAAACUCGCGUUCCAUGAAUUCGAAAUGUUAUACCGGACGGCCACUACUAAUGUAGAAACGUUAAUUUUCGAUUCAGCAAUACAAGAAAUAGAAAGAGUCCAAGAGGAGGCAUACCAAAAAAUGAGGAAAAAGUUUGAAAAAUUAGUUCAUCAACAAGCUACCAUGCUUUACGAUAAAUACAGUGAUAUGUUGUUGAGAGAGAAAGUGAGGCUUAAAGGUCAGUUUGUGAAAGAUGUGGACACAAUACAUACAGAGACGGCCAAUCAGCUACACGAUAUCAAUGUGGAGAAACACGUGGCUGUAGAGAAACUCAGACAGUAUCUCGAGUGUCAGAACUUAGCGUGUCAAAUAUACGUCGCCCUAAAAGAGCGAGAUGCGUGUAAAAAGGAAUUGGAACUUUCAAAAUACGAGCACGAUAAAAAAAUUAAAGAAAUGACAAGAGAACUUGAAAUGAAAACCUUCGAAAUCCAACAUGAACGAGAGGAAGAAAUAAAACGUCGACAGUUUAAUGUUAUCUGGAGAAAUAAAGUAUGUCACGUGGUAAAGAAAUUCCAAAUGUUCGUGGAGUACUGCCUAAAGCUUGUACCGCAGCAUGCAGAAUUCUUCACAAACAUGGAAAAAUUAAUGCUUUUGCAGUUGAAUGAAGCGAUUGAUAAUCCAAGCACAGAGAGCAUAAUUGAAACAACAAUUGAACAUCCCGUUUUGAUACCAAAGCCACAUCCAUUCUUCUUAUGCUGUGACAGGGGAUUCAAGCCGAAGGUCGACGAAACGCUCUGCCCUAACCACUGCACGUCUAGUGCUUCUCAGUUUCCCGUCAUAGUAGUCAACAAGAGGUUUCUCUAUGCCGCCUGCGACAAUUUCCAAAUGUAUAGUGAGAAAAUUAAUGACUUCAUUGUAGGCAAUCGUGGAGAUCCCUUCGACUUAGAGGACGACCACGACUAUACUUACGACGUACCCUUCAAAUACACAGCUGACACUGCAAUUAAAGAGUUGAAACUAGAAAGUUCGCUGAUGCAAGUGUUACAGCAAGAGGUGGCUAAUAUCAAAAAAGUACCGCUUGAAUGCUGCGUUUGUAAAAUACCCAACUGCUUCUGUAGUCCGAUACGCCAGUCAAGGGUAUCCCUGCCUCCCAUGAUGCCUGUAACACCAGAGGAACCUCCACCUGAAGGGAAAAAAAUAGAACCAAGAAGUGAAGAGUUAAAAGUACACCGUGAACCGAAAUGGCAAAGUUACAUGGAGUACGUCCUUCCUAAGCGAUGUAAAUGCUCUAAAAGGGCCAAGAAACAUCUCAACGAAAAUUUGCCUCCGUAUAUGAAAAAUAUGUCCCCUUAUGACGUGCCCGACUUGCCUAACUACGAGCCGUGCGACUUAGAAGAUAUUAAACGAUUAGUGAAGCAGACUAGGAGCAAUUACCAGAAACAAGAAGUUGUUGAUAUUCCUGAUAAGGAAGUAUCUCCCAAGACAAGGGAUAUGGGUACACAGUGGUCAGACCACGACUUCGAUGUCUUAUGCACUUGCUUCUCUGAGUCCGAGCUUGCAAAGGUGUUGGAUAACGUGGUGAGAGACUCGAUGUUGUUUGACCCUGACAAAGUCAGAGAGAGAUGCUCCGUAAUAUGUCUUAGCGCAAGUUCUUCGGACAUGGGCAAAACUGCAAGUACGUUCGCAACUGACAGAGCAUAUUCCCUGAGAAAGCUUUUGAACAAAGAUUCUGAAUUAGAGCAACUCUUCAUGAAGAAAUCCUGUGACAAAUUAUAGAAUGGAUUCAACCCUAUAGAGAUAACAUAAAAACAUUGAUAUUGAAAUCUUGUUAUAAAUUAAAUCACUUAUUAACUAAAUUUAU